AUGGAGGUAACUGAGAAUGCGAAGGUGCAAGAGGCGGUUCAAGUGGCGGAUGGGUUUACACCGGUGAGAUCAGGGAGGAGGAAUGCCGGAAGUCAGAGAACCCAGAUGACAGUGAUGGUAGGACGUGAGAGAGGAGAGAGGGAUCGUGGUCCCCGUGAAUUAAGGAAGGAUAAUAACUCAUAA